AUGAUUAAGUCUCCAACUACCGCAAGAACCCUUUACAGGACAUUAACAAAUACAUCCAAAUUAUUGAACAAUGUAAAUAAAUCUACCUCCCUUAAUAAUGAUACAACCCAUUUUGGUUCCAAAGUCGUUCCGACAGAAAUGAAAAGUAAACUGGUCGGCAACGUUUUCUCUUCAGUGGCAUCCAAAUACGAUUUGAUGAACGAUGUUAUGUCUUUAGGGAUCCAUAGAUUAUGGAAGGACCAUUUCAUCAACAAACUGGAUCCUGGUAAAAGACCAAACUCUUUGGAACCAUUGAAUUUUAUCGAUGUUGCCGGUGGGUCUGGUGAUAUCGCAUUCGGUAUCCUGGACUAUGCUAAAUCAAAACAUGGUGACACCGUCUCCACUAUGGACGUUGUCGACAUCAAUCGUGAGAUGUUAAAGGAAGGUGAGAAGAGAGCUUUGAAUAUGGGUAGGUACUACAAGGAUCCAAGAGUCAGGUAUUUGAUCCAAAAUGCAGAAAUUUUAGAUAAAAUUGAAGACAACUCAAAAGAUAUAUACACCGUCUCCUUUGGUAUAAGAAACUUCACUGAUAUUCAAGCAGGUCUGAAUACAGCUUAUAGAGUCUUGAAACCAGGCGGAAUUUUUUAUUGCUUAGAGUUCUCCCAGAUCGAGAAUCAGCUGGUCGAUCUUGUGUAUCAACAAUGGGCCAAAAUGUUGCCAGUCUUUGGGUCCAUUGUAGCCAAUGAUUAUGAUUCUUAUCAAUAUCUAGUGGAAUCUAUUGAAAGGUUUCCUAAUCAAGAAGAAUUUAAAUCAAUGAUUGAAAAGGCUGGAUUCCAAUCUGUUGGUUAUGAAAGUUUAUCUUUCGGUAUUUGUGCUAUUCAUUGGGGUAUCAAAGCAUGA